AUGGCGUUGGAGCCUGCACAGUAUCUGAUGCUCCACAGUACAAUAGCGGCAUCGAUGAAAUCAAUUUUACAACCAUAUGCGGUGCGUCAACCCAUGCUCUCGAUCUCCGAUGAAAUUGCUGAUCAUAGGAUGCUGGUCAUAGCCAAUGUUCCUUCUUUGAUGCCCCUGUUCUCAUUUCUCUCUCAAGCGCUCCAAAAAUUUCGCCAAAGUAUGAAGCAAAAACGAAGAGGGAACGAUUUGAUUCAGGACAUAAUACCAUUUUCAAAGCGAUCACCAAGCCAUGCAGUCUCUGAACAAUCAACAGAGCCUGAGGUCCGAGGCGUCAGUCCUUGGGAAUUGUCCGAGAUGGAAGCGGACGAGAAAAUGCCACCAGAGUUGUCAAGCUCGACGGACCGAAGGCCUCGGAUCGUUGGGACUUCCGUCAUGCAGAAUUGGUAUCGUCAGGAGAUGGCUUCAGAACCGGCAGGUAGCGAACGCCAAUACGCUGCCUCCCCGCGCUGGGAUCAACAACGCAAAGAGAAUCGUUACAAGCAGUCUCGGGAUGUCGAUCCAAUUGGCAAGGAGAUCGCUCUCUGUAAGCGGGAUCUGGACAAGCUCAAGGGUAUGGGUGAGAAAGAGAAACUGAAAAGCGGGUUGACAGUCUUUCAAGAAAAGUUCAACAUUCAAGUAAAGAAGGCUAAGUUGGAGGGGGAUGAGCAAGCCAAGAUGGACGAGAUUUGGAGAGACUACAACGAAAAAUUUCCCGGGGAGAAUCAUGAGGUAGCCGUUUUCAGAGAAUAUGAGCUGUAG